ACUGACAAACCCUCAUCCUCCUCCUCAGUACACCAGUAGAGAGUAGUCACUCACAGGAGAGAGGAGAGGAGAGGAGGCUACUAGAGAAGAGAAGAGGAGGGUGGAUUGGAUCAUCCAUUCCAUUCCUCCGCCCAAAGCCUCUCAAGUCUCAAGCCCUUACCAAAGAAUCCAUUCCGCUCCGAUCGAUCGAUCGAUCCCCACUUUUCCCAUCCACCAAUCCAAACCCUAGCUUGCGCUCACCAUGUCCACACCCUUCGACCUCAACUCCGCCGCUGACCCCCAAACCCUAGCGCCGCCCAAGCGUGGCCGCGGCCGCCCCAGGAAGAAUCCCCCACCGCCACCGCCACCGGCUACGGAUCCGAAUCCUCAUCCUCCAUCAGGAGCAGGAGCAGGGGCAGGAGCAGGAGCAGGUGCAUGCCCCUUCGCCCCCGGCGACCUGGUCUGGGGCAAGAAGCUCUCCCACCCGGCCUGGCCCGGCGAGGUCAUCUCCGCCGCCCCCACCGGCGCCCAGCUCCUCGUCUCCUUCUUCGGCGACAAGGCCCUCGCCUGGUGCGACGCCGCCCAGCUCAGGCCCUACGAGCCCUACUUCCCCGUCGCCGAGCUCUACGAUGGCGAGGCCGACGACUUCGACGCCGCCCUCGAUGCCUCCCUCCUCGAGUUCGAGCGCCGCGUUGAGCUUGCCCUCACCGCUCCCGGCCGCAUCGCCCGCCCCUUCCUCCCCCGCGAUUUCAUCGCCCUGCUGCACGAUUUGGCCGCCCACCGCAUGGGCUUCUCCAACCGUGUCCACGCCGCCGUCGCUAAGGCGCAUCUCAGAGCCUUCGACAAGUUCAGGGGCCUACCCGACCCUCCCGAGUACACCCUCCACCUCGGCCUACCCAAUGUCUCCGCCGCCGCAGCCACUCCCAACAACUGCAACUCCUACCCCCCAUCCAGGAGGAGGGGGAGGAAGAGGAAGGAGGUGGAGGAGGAAAUCCUCGAUGACUCCGAUGAGGAUUGGGACCCACGCAAGAAGGGUGCCACUGACUCCGAUUCCGAAGUCGAUUUCGACCGCAAGAGGGUCUCCAAGGGCGGCAGGGGCAGCGGUGCACCACGCGGGAGGCCACGCGGGAGGCCUAGGAAAAACAAUGCUGGGAGGCCUGCACACCUCAAGGACGAGGACGAGGUGAUCCAAGAAACAGUGGAGUAUCAAUAUCCACCAGCCGCUGACAUGUUUCUACAGCUUACAUCCGUUGCUGCUGAUCCAUUCAACUUCAAGGGCUAUGACUCUGUGCCUGUCAUUCUUAGCUUCUUCUCAAAAUACAAGGACUCAGAAGUGCCGGCCACAUACGACGACAAGGAGCUGCUGCAGACAUUGGGUGGCAAGAAAGGUAGAAAAAAUACGGCCAGAAGCUUGUACCCAGCUGCAAAAGAAGAAGGUGACUUAGAGGUGGCGGAUGGCCAUAGGGGUCGGAGGAAGUCAGCAGGGAGUAUCUACUCAGCAAGAAAGGCAGAAGACUCAUAUUGGUGUGAUAUUAUAAUCAGUGAUUUUGAUGAUGGAGACACAUCAAGUGACUAUGAGGGCCGCAAAAUGAAGCGGCUGUCUCAGAACAGGAGUUUUAAUAAGAAGAUGAAGCAGGAGGUUGCACCUCAAGAUGAGGCCUCUGCUGAUUCACCUGCUGUGAAACAGGCAGAUGGACCGGCAGCUCUGAUCUUACAUUUUAGUAAUGCAGAAGCCAUCCCUUCUGUGGAUGACAUCAAUAGUAUAUUCCGUAUGCACGGGCCAAUCAUGGAGGGUGCGACUGAAAUCAACAAGAAAUCAAAGAUCGCAAGAGUAGUGUUUUCUAAGAGUGCUGAUGCUGAACAGGCAUAUAGCAGUUCGGGAAAGUAUAAUGCAUUUGGUCCAGCCCUUCUCAGGUAUGAUCUCAAAUACCUGCCAAUGGUUCCUCAAGUUCCUUAGAUGGUGCAGGCUAAACUGGAUAUGUCGCCAUUUGGAGGGAAAUGCGUAAUGAAGACUGGAGCUAAGGGAUCAUAAGAUGUUCGCGUUACUGACUUAGAGCUAGGAAUGCCCACUGGCCAGGCCGGACGACUUGUUCGCUGGUCGAGUGAGCAAUUUUUUAGGUUUUAUCUGGUUAAAUGCAUUCCGAGGACUGGUUGUGUACUUGAGUUCAGAGGUAGUUUAUAUUAUUAAAUUAUUUAGAUGGUAGAUGAUCUCGGCGCGAUCCCUCUCCUUGUUAUCUUAGCGAUUUAUCCUUUUUUGUAUUGCCUAGAAAUCAUUGCACAGCUGUGGAUCUUUAUGCUAUGUUCUCUGAGCUAAUAUUUCCGUCUUUAGAUCCUGUCUCACAUUAUCCUAGCUUGCAGGAUGCAGUAUCAACAUUUGUUUUCAGUAGUUAUAAUUUCAGCAGUCAGAAAUUUAUCAUGCAAUGCUGAAAGCUAGCUGCGGAGUCUCUCAUGACCAUUAAAUUAAAGCUAUGCUUGUGUAAGUGAGAAGUUCUCAAACCAUGUUUUCUCCUUCAGCUGUUUAGCCAGUGUCAGCAAGGCUAUUUGAACAGCUGUAUCAGCGUCAUCCAGCUUCAAAGGUGAAUGCGUUGUGAUGUUGAUACGCUAUUGUUUCCAA